GUUCUGUCAUCUGUAUGUGCUGUGGCCGCUGUGGCUGUGAUCUCGAUCUGUGCGAUCUGGUACUUGUUCUUGCACUUCGUUUUUUAUUGCGAUUUUUAUCUCGGAAUUUAUAUUCCACAAAAAUUAUGUAUGUACAUAUAACGUAAUGUUAAUGAAGUGUAGUGUUUUGAAUUGUGAGAACGUGAUUUUUGCGAAAAUGCUGCAUGCCAGUUCAUUUGGCACUCUUUUAUAAACAAAACAUGUUAUAAAUAUAAUGCACAAGUGAAAAGACAUGAAAUCCACCAUGGAUAUGAAGAUAGACUUUAAUGAGGCUGGCCAGCCCCCUAUAGUUCCUCAACCCAGUAUUGGCAAGUGGAGUUUGAAGAGUGACACCUCCGUGCUGAUCACAGACCAACAGCAGAGUGGGUCACAUAGGAAAAUUAUUAGGAGAUGGAAUCGCCUCUCAAGACUGCAACGUUCCAUAGUUUAUGCCCUAUUUGUUAUAGCAGCUACUAUCCUAGCUAUGUUUUAUAUCUCAAGAAUGUCUGCUGCUAAUGUAAAUAAGAUUAAUCAUAGUGAAUUAGCACAAGAAACUCUUAAGAAUGUGUCUCUAGUCAAUGAGCAAGCAUCAGAACAAGUUGUUCCGAGGAAGACUGCCGUAGAUUUCGAGAAGCGAGAACGACCCAUCUUUACAGGACCUAUAAACGCCCGACAAUAUGCCGUAGUGGAGAGCUUCAAGCACGCAUGGCGUGGUUAUAAGAAGCAUGCUUGGGGCCACGACAAUUUGAAACCGGUGUCAGGCAUGGCUUUCGACUGGUUUUCUCUCGGUCUCACCAUCGUGGAUUCUCUGGAUACAGCCUAUAUUAUGGGACUGAAAAAUGAAUUUGAGGAAGGCAAACAGUGGAUUCAAGAGGAGCUGGUCUUCACAAAGAGCAAGGAUGUGAACUUCUUCGAGGUCACCAUCAGAGUUCUGGGCGGUUUGCUGUCUUGCUAUCAUUUCUCUCAAGACCGCAUGUUUCUUACCAAAGCUAUUGAUCUCGGAGACCGGCUGAUGGCAGCAUUCUCAUCACCCUCGGGCAUUCCAUAUUCGGACGUGAAUCUCGGCGAGAGGACCGCUCAUGCGCCCGAGUGGUCACACUACAGUACCACGGCCGAAGUCACUACGGUACAACUAGAGUUCAGAGAACUUGCGAGAGCCAGCAACAAUCCUGGGUUUGAGGAUGCAGCGGCAGCCGUAUCUGAGAAAAUACACCACUUACCGAAAAAGCAUGGUUUGGUGCCGAUCUUCAUAAAUCCGAACACCGGCCAUUUUCUGCCUCACGCGACCAUCACCCUCGGAGCCAGAGGAGACAGCUAUUACGAGUACCUGCUCAAACAGUGGCUGCAAACUGGCAAGACUGUUAACUAUUUACUAGACGACUAUAUGACUGCCAUAGAGGGUGUUCGCAAUUUCCUGGCGAAACGAUCAUCUCCUAACAAGCAUUUGUUUAUCGGCGAACUGUCAGCCGGAUCCGAGGCAUUCAACCCUAAAAUGGACCACCUGACCUGUUUCCUGCCAGGCACGUUGGCAUUAGGCCAUGCCAACGGACUCCCGGAUUGGCACAUGACGAUGGCUGAGGAAUUACUGUACACCUGCUAUUUGACCUACGCAGCGCAUCCUACGUUCCUGGCGCCUGAGAUCACUCAUUUUUAUAUGGAUAAUAUAGCAGCUCCCAAAAAUGCUCCUCAGGCAAGCGUGGCUGAAGAUAUGUACACCAAAGCGGCAGAUUCGCACUCCUUGCUGCGUCCAGAAUUUGUUGAAAGUCUAUGGUACAUGUACCAGAUAACUGGCAACACAACGUAUCAAGAUUGGGGCUGGCAGAUAUAUCAGGGCUUCGAAAAAUACGCUAAAGUGCCGAACGGCUACACGUCAUUAGCCAACGUGAAAGUCGAGAAACCAGUGCAACGUGACAUGAUGGAAUCGUUCUUCUUAUCGGAGACUCUUAAAUAUCUGUACUUACUGUUCAGUGAUGACCGAUUCACGAUAGACCUGAAUAAGUACGUUAUUAACUCGGAAGCACAUCCUCUGCCUAUUCACAAAAACUAGAAGUCAUAUUACUGCUUUAUGUACAGUUCUGGACGUUUGGCUGUGUUCUGCUGAAGUUCGCUUCUAUGACUAGUGAAAUCUAGUGAAAGAUGGUCAACAUGGCCAAUAGUUUUUGCUCUUUUUUCUUUCUUUUUGAAAGUUCUCUAUUUAAAUCACCCUGUUCGUGUUUCUUUUAUUUGUUCACUACAAAACGUCUACAGAACUGUACAUGAACUGCAAGUUUAAAUAUACAUCCAUUUUGGAUUGAAUUUUAAAAGAAUGAUGCGUUAUUCGCAAAAUCUUUUGAUAUGAGGUCUGGACUGAGACCCAUUUUGUACUUAAUGGGUAUUUUUUCUUAGAUAAUAGUAAUAGUAGUGCAAUUCCACAGUAUAUUAAUGUGUCAUGGAUAAAGGUAUCUGAUUAUACCUGUAGAUCAGUAUAAAGUUGUAUCUGUACAUUUAUGUUAUGCCAUAUACAUUUAUUUACUACAUGUAUCUCUGUAACUACAGUACUUCGUAUAGUACUAUCGUUUUGGUAUUUUAUGAAGGUUGACCGAAGGACUUUGUAUUAAGCUAAAAUAUGUUAUUGUAUAGUAAUUCUAUUUAUAUUUGUGUAUAAAAGAUAUACCGAUAGGCAUUUACAUUUUAAGUCUUUUUGAGUCGCAGUUAAAACUGGGUAUUAUAAUGAAUGGUAUUCGAAUUAAUUGCACAAUAUCUCGUAUUUAAUCAUAGUAGUAUUUAUUAGCUGCAUUUUAUAACUUAAUACUGAUUCAAGAAUGGAAUGUUGUCAUCCCUCAUACUCAUAAGCAACUAAAGUUAAUACAUAGAUAUUUAAUUCCUAAUAUUACUUCAUAAGUACUUACUUAAAUGUAACGAAUUUAUAAAUGUUUUUAUAUACGCAAAGUUAGAAAAUUAAUGAAUUUCACUCAUACAAUUUGAUAAGAAACCAACACAUAUUUUCUGCAAUUCUUCCAUUAAUAUAGUUUGAAUGAAACUUUUUGGCAGAUUAUAUUUUGACGGGACCAAGGUUGAGGUGAUUAUUACGCUAGGUAUAUUUUGUAACCAAGGAUAUUAUAUAAUUUCUUCUAUGUACAGACGGCGUCUUGAACAUGACCACUCUAAGGUACUCAAGAUAUUAGACCUUGCUAUAAUAUUUGAGUACCCUAAAUGUCCAUCUUUAUAACGCUGACUGUAAACCAUGUUCACAUUAUUCCAAGUUUGUUAAUUAUUAUUUUGGGUUCAAAUUAUCUAUCAGAAAUCUUGUGUUUUUAAUGUGAACAUUGAAUCGAUAUAUUUAUAGCCUUAUUUCAUAAACAAAAAUGAAUCUCAUACAACAUUUUCGCUGCUUUAUCUUUUUUUAUAUAAAUAGGUACUUUGGCUAAUGGUCCUUAGGUAAUAAAAUAAAACGUAUAUGGAAUAUAUUAUAUUAUUUGUUUUUAGUUAGUAAAUAUUUCACUCGAGUCAUUAUCAUAUUUUUGUUAUGAAAAUUAUAAUAUUUAUAACAAUUUUAAAUUAUACUUACUUAAGAUAUUAUAGGAAUAAUUAGCCGAAUGUGUAAAGUGUAAUGGCUGUGGCUGAAUCUCGGAUAGCCUGAAAUAACCGAUGUUAAGUUCAAAUAUGCAUUAUGUAUUCACUUGGUGGAAGGGUGGAACGGGAUUACAUAAAAUAUAAUUUCAUGACUAGAUUUCAGAAAAGCUCUUGUUUUUUUAAGAAUUAAAUAAUAACUUGAAAUGUUUCCGUCCUUGGUAUUUACUCUAUACUAAUAAUUUUCUUGUUAUUUCUUACAUUCUGCACUGCUAUUUACAGUUAUAUGUUGAUCCUAGUGUACCUAUAUUAGAACUUUCUAGAGACUACCAUAAAAUUAAAGCCCGUCAAGAGCGAAUAGGUCCCGUUAAACUGCUUGAAUCAAAUUUUAGCAGCGAAUAAAUUGAAUCUUGAGAGAUAGCUUAGCGCAAAAUACGUAGCUUUAUUUUAUUGCAUAAUGACGUGCACGUGCACACAUGACGCGUAAAUUAAUGCAAUUAUGUUAUAUAUUUAUAUUUUUGCCACAUUUCCUAUGCAAUAAAUUGUGCAUAAAUGCGGUAGUGGUAACUUCAGCUUCUGACGAUCUAUAAUACCUACCUAUUAUUACUCUAUUGCUCACAACAUCAAUGCACUGCUUAUUGAAAUACAUACCAGAAAACCCAAGAUCCCGGAAGUGAAUAAAGACCGAAAAAAUAUACAAGCUUCGUCUUUAUAGUAGUUAGGUACCUCCGGUAGAUAGAUAUUAUUUAAAAUACAAGUACAGUGAGUACUACUUUAAUGAAUAAUUGCUCUAAAUGUGUGCAAUAAAUUCUAGUAGAAACAUUAAAUAAUAUAUAAUUUUUGUUUAAUUUAUUAAACACGUUUUUUAACUCAUUUUGUGUUGUUGUUUUUGUCACAUUUGCCAAAUUAAUGUAGCUAUCAUAUCAUAAUAAAUAUUUGCUAUAAUUCAUAAGAAUAAGGGAAGGUUUGAUAACAAAUGAUAGGCAUGAAGGUUGCUAGCAAAUUCAGUCGAGAUGAUGCGUCUUAUCAGCCCAGUAAUUAUAAAGAUAAAUAGAUAUAAACGUUAAAUUAUCACAUCUCUUUAGUAACAAUGCAUACACACAAUUAAAAUACAUUCUUGUUAGAUAGCGUAGUUUUAAGUACUUAAAGAAUGUCGUAGGUGUACUUUAUUGGGGUUUAGUUUAAUUUAAUUAAAGUUUGUUGUUCUUCCUUGUUACAAUCUUGUCGCUGAGAGGCACCAUUUAACUAUGAGCGAACUAUUUUCAGUUUUCAAAUCGGCGAUUUGACUAAUGCAAGUUCCCAACUUGUUAUGAUUUGGUUGUCGUUGUAGUUAAAUGAUCCAACUCUUCCUAAGAGUUAUCAAUUUACGUCUUAAUACUUUGUUCUUUCUAUUGUAAGUUUAUUUUUCUUAGGAAACAAAUUGAGUAGACAACAUUCACUGUUUAUUAUCAUAUUUUCAACACGGUUGUUGUUUUGAGAAACAACAGAUGAUGUAAUUAUUUAAGCAAUUCGAAGACAAUAGUACCUAUUCUAUACUCUUUAUAUAAAUUAGAGAUGACUGGAGUAAAAAUCAUCAUAUAUUUAAAUGGUGUUUGCAUUCAAUGGUUUGUCAUUAUGAUCUGAUCAGUAAAAUGGCAAGUUGGUAACUAUCAGUAUCUUUAUAUUUAUUUAAAAUUAUUAUGUUUUUGUAAAUCAUCAUAAGUAUAUUUUAUUGUAUUUGUUUAACUAAUUGAUGAAGCGUAUAAUUUUUUUAUUAAAUUAACGUUUUGAUCAAUAUGUGUGCACUAAAAUUUACAUAGUAUUUGGGUGUUCGUAUACUAAUAUCGGAAUUUUAAUUGAAUGAACCGCAGCUAUAGAAUACCAAAAUCCUUUUAGUAACAAGAUUGUACUUUUUCCGGUUACUGUUAAAGUCUCUGAUAGCCUAUCCGGAACUUGUCUGACAGAUAAACUCUAGCUUCUGGUUUCACAUGUACCAACAGCAUUAUUUAGCAGAAAUUCUAAGCAGCUUGGCAGAUAGCAUUAACUGUCAGGUAACUAAUUGACAAUAGUGAAACCAGGCCCUAGUCUGAUGUAAAUUCAGUGCGCAUGGUAAUAUGCAGAAACGUUCCAACCCACUGUACGCGUAAAUGCGUAACUUGAAUUUGAGAUAUAAGCAUUUACGCGUUUCAGUUGUAUUCUUUUUUAUUCUAACUAGUAAAGGUACUAGAGGUUUUAUUGUUGAAUUAUAUUGAGUUUAGAUAACCAUAUGCUAAAUUUUAGGCUGUUCAAUCACAAUAACUCGAUUUCGGGUGACUUGUGGGUUGGAACGUUUCUGCAUAACUACGUCCAAAUGUAGUAAAUUGUAAUUUAAUAAUCAGUUACCAAUUAAAAUUAGUGAUAAGUUACCAAAUAUUCUUCGGAUCUUCCUGAAAUUAUGGAUACGAUAAAAAUGCUUCUGAAAAUGUGAUGAAACCUUGUCAAAGUAACUGACAAAAUAAAAUGUAAGUUGCAUAGGAUAGGUACGUUGUACAAUAAGUGUAUUGUUUUGCAAGAUUAAAAUAAUCAUUGAACAUUACAGUGCCUUUCAUCCAAAGGUUGGGCACCAUAUGAUUUUUUCUCUAUUAAAGUCGUUCAGUGAUCUGUAACUAUAGAGUUGAAACAUUUUGCAAAUCAAAUAUUUGUGUUGCUUUGUUUAACUUAAGUACUUACAGCAAAGAACAAAUGACUUAUUAAGUUUUGAGGCUGGGUUUUAUUAAUAGUGACUAUAAUGCAUUUAUAUCUACAUAGUAAACACUACAUCAAACUCGCAGUUUUAAAAGUUGAUCUACUACAUAUUGGUUGUAAUAAAUGUACCUACCAUUAAUAAUUUUUGUUUUAUUCCCU